CUGGCGUUCAAUGCGCCGCUAUAACAGCCGCUGACGCAACAGCGGCGCGCAAAUAACGUCUUGCAUACAUACGUAAUCAGCACAAUACACACUUCAACAGCGCCGCCAUCCCCAGCGCUUACUUGAAGCCGGGCGCGCAUAGCAGCGCAUUCGCAAUCGCGACGUGCGCCUGCACAGCGCUGAGCGGCUGGCAAGCAAAUACCGCCUUGCGCUCAGCGCGUUCAGUACACUUCUGACGCGUGUUUUUUGCGGCCGUCCAACACAACGCACAGCUACCUCAAUUUCCAUUUAAUAUAAAACUACUUUGAUGUAUCAUUUCGCGAAAGUAGCGCGAGCGCGUACGCUUAUCGCAACAGUGGCUGAGUGACAAGACAAUUUAACUUAUCUAUCUAGCGUGGCGUAGUAAGGCGUAGAGAAGGCGACAAUUAAUCCUAGCAUGCGCCUGACUGCCACAGCGGUCGUACAUACUUAGCGCAAGCAUGCGCCGACAGUAGCAAGAAGAAAGAGAAAAAUAAACGAGCGUAAUAUAUGGAAAACACAAGUGAAUAAUCGCUUCAAGUAUACUAUAAACUAGUUUUUAUAGAAUCUGAAUAAUUUUAAGGAAAUAAAAAUAAUUACAGACUCAAGGAAACUAUAUUCGAUACGCAAAUAAAGUCUAAAUAUAUGCAAUCGCCAAAAAGAUAAGAAAACUGAGGAAUAUGUGCUAUCAUUAAAAAAUAAAAGAUAUGACAAGUGAUAAAAAGUGCUAUAAAUGGUUGUGCAAUAGAGCGUUUAUAUACACAAAAUCUAAAUACUCAUAAAAUCUAUAAAAAGUAGUGCAAAACACGAAAAAAUACUAAAAAAGUACUAAUAGCAUUUGUUUAGAGGGGUGGCUGCUCGCUUCACGAGCGUUUUUUGUGUUCUUAUGAAAACGUCUCAGUUUUGGCGCAGUCUUAAAGCCAAAGUGUCAACAACGAGCGUAAAUAUUCGUUUCGUAACAAAAACGAAUUUGCCGUAAAAUACUAUCAGUGAUAACAACAGCCAACGCUAACAACAAAAACAACGACGACGACGACGAAUUAACAACAGGAAAACAGCAAAAAUAUUUAAUUAACAGCCGGCGCUGCCUCGUAUACAACAACAACAGCAACAACAAUGGUUAAAGACAGACUGCCGGAGCUGCUACAGCGCUCUAGCAGCGUGUUGUCUACCGUCUCCGGCACGAAUGGUUCGGCAUUAUUUCAGCGCUCCAGCAACGUCGAGCUCAAAUUCGCAGAGAUGAGUGCACCCAUGGACGCCAUACUCAAUCCGUAUUCGGAGAUACGAGUACAAUUGGCACAAAUCUCCGCCAAUUUGGAGACAAUGAGUCGAAUGGUGCAAACAAUAAAUAUACGAAAUUUCAAUGAAAAGGAAAUGGAUGAACUGCGCACACAGAAUUUAAAAAUGGGUAAUCAGCUGAUGAACAAAUUCAAAGAAUUCAAAGCGAACAUGCCGCCUGAGAACGAUUUCACAUUGGAGGCGCGCAUGAAGCGAACGCUCUUCUAUGGUCUCUAUCAGAGUUAUAUACAAAUAUGGACGAAAAAUGAAGAGUUCCUGCAAUUAUACGAACGCAAGCUAAAGAAAAAUCUGGAAAUGCAUUCGAAAAUCAUGAACUGCAAUUCCACCGAAGAAGAAAUUGAAGAACUGAUAGCAAAUAAGACGACGAACCUUUUUGUUGGCAAUAUUCUAGAAGAAACCGAAAAUGAACGACGCACACUUCGUGAUUUAAUGGAUCGCUUCAAUGAGCUUAAGAAACUGGAAAAGUCCAUUGAAGAUGUGCACGCCUUAUUCCUGCGCAUACAAACACUCGUAAUGGAACAGAGUGAAACGAUAAAUCGCGUUGAAUUUGUUGCGCAGCAAGCGACACACUUUGUGGACAAAGGUCAGCAUAAGCUGGAAAAAGCGGAAUCGCUGAAAAAGAAAGCUUUAAAGAAGAAGUUUUGGCUCAUCGGCAUCGCGUUGGCUGUGUUAAUUGUAUUAAUAUUAAUUGGUAUAUAUUUAUGAUCUAAAGACAAAUAUAUUUAUAUUAAAAUCCAAACGCA